AUGCUUCCUAGUGCCGACUCUGCGCCGUUGUGCAAGCCAACGCUCUGUAACCGCUGUCGUAACCUCAACCUGACAGCGGCGGACUUCUUCGUUAACGAACAGGAGGCCAAGGAGACCCCAAACCCGCACGAUGUCUAUGACCCGAUCACCAAAGAUGUUCGGACUUGGCGGGAUGUUGAGGAAGCGAGAGAUUGUCCUCUCUGCCAUGUAAUCAAAUGGGCCGUUGAAGAUACUCGCGCUAGCUGGCUCUCACCCAACGGGCCUCAUUCCUGCGAGCUCCAGUUGAAGAGGUUGUACGGGUCGCACAGCGUCGACCGCAUGCCUAAAGAUGUCCGCUAUCUCGAGUUCCGAAAGAUUCGUGAACAUGUCCUCGUCUUUGACGUCGAACAACAGUGUUUAGUCCGUUUACCUACAGAUGGCCGAUACCUUGCUCUCAGCUACGUCUGGGGCACCGUCCAAUCUCUCAGAACUCUCAAGGAAAAUGUGCAGUCAUUUAUGGCUCCGAAUGGGCUGCUUUCAAUUAUGGAUCAACUGCCGAAAGUUAUUCUUGACGCUGCUAGAUUGACCGAACAAUUGGGAGAGAGGUAUCUCUGGGUGGAUGCUCUUUGCAUCAUUCAGGAUGAUACUGCCUUCCAAGACCUGUUAAUCAGUGCCAUGAAUACGAUCUACGAAAACGCGUUCUUAACAAUAUUUGCAGCCACCGGUGCCGACUCUAAUGCUGGUCUUCCGGGUGUGCGCCCGACACAACGAGGGAGAUCUCAGCUCACUGCCGAGAUAACCAAGGGGCUGAAACUGGUCCUCCCAAUUCGCUAUCAAAACAUCAAGCAGUCGAAAUGGGCCACUAGGGGAUGGACGUAUCAGGAAUACUUCUUCUCCAAGAGACGAUUGCUCUUCGUCGAAGGGCAAGUCAUUUACAGAUGCUCCAAUAUACGGUGGAGAGAGGACAUAGCCCAGGAGCAUCUCGCACAGGGCAUCGUGCAUUUCCAGGUGGACACGGCCGGCAGCCGUACCAACUGGGAACCUCCUAACGUACGGUUUCCAAAUGCACCACGAGACAAAUGGGACAGACAUCAUUUCAACACCUAUGUGGAAACGUACCUUGAUCGAAACCUGACGUUCGAUUCUGACAUUCUAUCAGCCUUUGCUGGAAUCAUCAGCGGGGCGAACGACAGACAGUUACCGAUCACCUGGGGUCUAACUGAGAAACACAUCAGUUUGGAUAUACUCUGGCUCCCCUACAAAUGGGUUACCCGACGCCCUGGGUUCCCAAGCUGGUCCUGGGCUGGGUGGAAAGGGCCGGUGAUAAGCUAUCGUGAUUAUCUCAUCCUUGAUGCGGAGAUUUGGCAGCAGCGGAAAUCUUGGAUAGAUUGGUACAUCUUUGACAAAGCCUCCAGUAUGUUUCGGUUGCUGUCAACAGGAUACGCACCGCUGCAAGAAGCAGAAGUAACGCAGAAAGAAGAAUCUGAGCGUCGUUGGAGGGAGCCUAUGAAACAGAAUAGAAGGGGGCAGCAGGGGGCUGAUAUUCCUGAUGAAGAACAGGACAGCGAUAGCUCAGGUAAACUUGCCUCUCUGCUCUGGAGACUAGGCGGCAAUCAAGGCAUGCAGGCACCCCCAAUCCGGGGGCCCCCAUACUCUCUUCAGGAUUCGUCAGCGAUCAAUGAACAGACGCUGCACUUCAGAACGUUGACAGCGCACGUCUGGAUCUCCUCGUUGAAGCCGAAUAGGGAGCCUCCGCGUUCUCCGAUAGAUGAUCAACUCAUCCUCCCCUCUGCACCAACGCUGCAUUUAUACGCAGCCGACGGAACACACAUCGGUUGCGCAUGGGCGCAUACACAGGAGCUCUUCGACAGCAUCUCAUCAUACGACAGAGACGUACUCCUUAAAAACCCCUUGGCCCGCCGUCAACAUGUUGAAAUCGCACUCCUCGCGGGGCCACUCAAGGGAGACUGGCGCAGCCGCGUGGAGAAAGCAACUACCUACCAGUACACCCAAGCGUUGGUAUCAUAUGGGCUGAACGUGGCAAGCGCCGUGUCUCGCUACGAGCAAAAGAUGCUGUACGAGCAAGAGAUUUGCAAGAUCUACGUCGACAUGGUGCGCGAGCGUCAGGCGGCUGAGCCCGACGUCCCAGGUGUUGAGAGCCGCCUGACGGUAGAAUUCUGUGAGCAACUGGAAGACCGCGUGCUCUUGGCCGAUCUGGGGAGCAGGUUCCCUGGUCACUGCGAGGAGACGAUGAGGCCGGCUAUCGACGGGCUCACGAGUGCGGGGUUUGGGAUGCGGGCGAAGGAGGGUCAGCAAUUCAUCAAGGUCAUGCUGAUGGGAGAUCUUACAGGUGAAGGAAGCGGUGGGUCGAGUGGUGCUAUCAGUGAAAGGAUCGGCAUGGGAGAAAUCCGCGACGAUGCAAUGGGGUUAAUUCAGGGGCUGGCGUUCAGGGAUGUGUUUUUGAAAUGA